AUGCCCGGUGGCAAAGGCUCAAAACAACCUGAGCGCAAGUUACGCACGCACGGACUUUACAGCAUGGAGUGGAGGCGCAUCAUUCUGGACGAAGGCCAUCAAGUCAGAAACCCUAAGACCAAAGGGUCCAUGGCUGUCUGCAGUCUCUUCUCCCGAUCGAGGUGGGUGCUGACUGGAACACCAAUCGUCAACUCGCUUGCAGACCUUUACUCAUUGCUGAGGUUCAUUGGUGUCAGUGGAGGUCUGGACCAGCUCGAGUUGUUCAAUUGUGUAUUGGUACGUCCGAUCAAGAAUGGCGAUGAGAGCGCUACAGCGUUGCUCAAGGCCAUCAUGAAGGCAUUCUCGCUGAGGAGGCGGAAAGACAUGAAGUUUAUCGACCUGAAGCUACCGAAGCUGGAGGAGUUCGUCCACCGUAUCGACUUCACCGAUAAAGAGAGAGAGCGCUUCGAAGCCCUUUUUGCGCAGGCCAAAGGUAUGAUGAAGACGUACACCGAAAAGAGAAAUAAUGGAGCCAAAGGUUCGUCGAGCGCAUAUCAGCAUCUGCUAGAGAUUCUGCUUCGGCUGCGGCAGUGUUGCAACCACUGGCAGCUGUGUGGCGAACGGGUCACAAAUCUGCUCGCACAGCUGGAAACGCAAAAGACUGUGGCCUUGACGCCUGAGAACAAGAAAGCUUUGCAGGAUGUUCUUCAAGUCCAGGUCGAGUCGCAGGAAGACUGCGCCAUUUGCCUGGAGACACUACACAACCCCGUCAUCACCACUUGCGGUCAUGCAUUCGGACAGGAAUGCAUCUCGAAGGUCAUUGAGACACAACACAAGUGCCCCAUGUGUCGUGCCGAGCUACCAGAUGACACUGUGCUUGUGGGUCCAGCCAACGAUUGCAGCGACGAAUCUGCUGAUGACGACAUGGACCUGACCCAAUCGUCUUCGAAGCUGGAGGCCUUGGUUAGAAUACUGGAAGCCACCAAGGGUGACGGCAACAAAACCGUGAUCUUUUCCCAGUGGACGCGUUUCCUAGACAUUGUGCAGUCGAGACUCGACAACGAAGGCUACAAGUACUGCAGACUUGAUGGUACAAUGUCUGCUUCCAAGCGUGAUGGAGCACUACAGGCUUUAGAGCAAGACAAAGGCACCACAGUCAUGCUCGCAUCCUUGGGCGUCUGCGCUGUCGGGCUCAAUCUGACGGCUGCGAACAAUGUCAUCCUUUCCGACACAUGGUGGGCUCCAGCGAUCGAGGACCAAGCUGUAGAUCGCGUACACAGACUAGGACAGAAACGAGAGACUCGAGUGUUCAGGCUCGUAAUGGAUGGCAGCAUCGAAGAAGAUACGCUUAUGGUUCAAGCAGACAAGCGCAAGCUGAUGAUGGUGGCCUUUUCCGAGAAGAGCAACAAGCGCGAUGGCGCUCGAAGCGGACGGCUUGCUGAGAUUCAGAGGAUACUGUCCCGCGAGGUCAACGACAACGCGCCGAAAACCACAACAUGA